UCCCGUACCGGACGUGCUCCCUGUGACGCUAACCUGUCGGUGUCGGUGGCGGACAGACUCGGUAACAGUCGGUGGCUUAAGUCGGUAACUUUAACGGUCAGUUCGUUAUAAACCGGUUCUUCUGACCUCCGUUCCCGCGGUGUCUUCUCAAAAUGGCGUCUGUUUCAGCGGAUCACGCGGGACAGAAACGCAGACUGCUGCUGCUCGGAUCUCGGUGGUCGAGUCCAGAGGACCCGUCCCAGCAUCAGAACCGGUCGGACUGAGUGAUCUGCUUUGUCCGUUUGAUCCUUCAGCUUCCAGCAGCCGGGAGCCCUGAGACACUGACAGCACACAGGUCCAGAACCAGCCAGGAUCCGGUCCAGAACCAGCCAGGAUCCGGUCUGUAAGCGGUCUCAGGGUGGCGGCGUCCUGGUGGAAGAGCAGGCUGAUGGAGAGCGACUGUCGGAUCCCUGUGGCCUGCUGUCGUCCUCGAGUCCUGGUCCUGCACGCUCUGUUCUGGGGCCUCGUGUCCCUCAGAGUUUUCGGAGCUGCUCUGCUGAGCGACGACAAAACUGCAGCGGUGAAGGCGGCCGCCGCCCCCUGCUGGCUGCUGGAGGAGUUCGUGGUGACGGCCGAGUGUUCGCAGUGUAACGCCUUCCAGACGAGGUCUUGGUCGUCCUGCGGGCUGACGGGAUACGUGGAGAGAGUCAACUGCACCCGGUCCAACAAGGACGAGUACAAGAGCUGCCGCUCUGCCGUGAUGGAGGAGCAUCUCUUCUGGAAGUUCGAGGCGGCCAUGUUGGCUCUGACGGCUCUCUUUGCCGUCGUGGUGGUCGUCCGUCAGCGCUGGCUCGACCGCCUCGCCUCCGAGAAGGUCCGACGCCAAAUCGAAUCCAUCUAGGACACAAGAGAGACCUGGACCAGGACUGAGUGGUUUUUACUCUGCGGCAGUAUUUUAAGAACACGUGGAUCCAUCAGGGAUCAGGACUGAAGAACCAGCAGAGAACUGGACUCGGGUUUAGAAACAUGACGACGGCGUUUCUGACCCGUUUGAUUCUGUCAACGACAAUUUAGUCCAAAAGUUAAAUCUGUCAUGAAAUAAAGUUUAAAUUUCUAUUUUCUGUAAAAAGUUUAAAAUAAACCGAUGAAAGUGUUCA